AGUGACUACCCGGGCGGCCCACAUCUUAACUUCACGACCUCUGACCCCUCUGGAACACCUAUCAUCAACCUAGGUCACGAGGGCUGGUUCCUUAAUAGGGACUCCUGGUCUCACCACAACUACUGCCGGAAUCCAUAUUGGGGGGAAAGACCCUGGUGCUACAUUUCCAACCCUUACAUCACAUGGGAAUACUGUAACAUCCCCAUGUGCACUAACACAGAAGCUUUCCUAGCAACUUUCAUCCAUGACAUUUUUUGGUUUCCCAUUUCGGGAGAU